CCGGGGGGUCGCGGCCUUGCGGCGGGGCCGGCACGGCAGCCCCUGGCACGGCAGCCCCUGGCACGGCAGCCCCUGGCACCGGCUGCGCGGGCGCGACCUUCUCCCGCCGGGCCCGCCGCCCCCGCGCUCCGCCCGAGGCCCCGCGCUCCGUGUGCGCGCCCGUGCGGCGCUCACCGGCGGGUUCACCGGCGGGUUCACCGGCGGGUUCACCGGCGGGGCUCCGCGGUUUGCAGGCGGCUGAAGCGGGGCUGUUACUUCUCGGGCUCGCGGGUCGGCGCUUUCCGAGCGCCGGUGGCGGGGGGCGGUGCUGUUUGUGUGGGGCAGUGGAGCAGGCGGGAGGCGUUUGGCCACAUCCUCCCCUGGACUUUGGGGAUAAAUUUGAAAGCCAUUUUUGUACCUUGUGGGUGAUAUUGUGCAGGUGCUGUUCAGAUGCUGUUUUCAAAUAAUUUCAGAUAAUUUUUGGUGUGGCUUGAGGAGGCUUCGAUGUCUGAGGUGUUGACAUGUAGCGGAGAAGGAGCUGCUGUUGAGAUUUCCACCUGUAGAACCACAGCAUGGGUUAUAAUGUGAUUUUCAUAUCAGUUUCCACAUGGAAGUAUCUAUCUUUGAGAUAGUUUUCUUCUUAUUUGAUGUAUGAUUUUCUUAAACAUCAGCUGCUAUAGAAGUUGGUACCUGGCAACAGAGGGGAAGAGGGAGGGCUGUGUCUAAAUAUCACCAAAGCAAGUUACAUAACAGUAUUUUCUCAGGUUUGUUGCUGAUCAUGUUGGGUGGAAGAGCUGUGGCUUAAUUUGGUGAUACAGAGAAAGAAGGAUGAUUGGAUUUGGUUUUGUGUUCAUUCGGCUUUGUUUAGUUAAGUUUCGAGGAUAAUGAAGUGAGAACAAGUAGCAUUUACCAUUUAUAAAGUGGCUUGAAAGAAGUGAUUAAAACCAAUAAGCAAACCCGUAUCAUCUUGGAGCUGGUGGUGAUUGACAGAAUGAGGAAGUCACAGUAAUGCCAUGCUUUUAAAUAAGAGAUAGACCUGCUAAAUAGCUGGACCUAGACCCCGCAAUGGACUAAUGGAGGCGCGCAGCAAAAUGGGUUGAGUGCAGAACUACCUUAUUCCACACUCAAUAGCACAAGAAGAUGGGACUUGGCCCUGCCCCUGAGCCCCUGGGCUGAAGCUGGGUCUGAUGGAGAUGGUGACGUAAGUUCCACGUCGGUGGCUGAGUGCAAGCAUGGGGCACAAAUACAAUGACAUUAUUGUUUCAUCCUGUUUUCUUAAUACAGUCCCAUUUUCCUCUUCCGAUUCUUUAACUGUGCUAACAUUUUCUCAUCUGUACUCUACGCCCACAGCAUCCGAAUAUGACUUUGUUCAUGGUUUAUCAGGGAAAGAAACAUUCUAAUGGUGAACAUCUGGAGGAAUAGUUUUGGAAUGAAGAAAGAGGAAAACGAGUGCAGUGGUGAAAAACAAUUGGAAUUGAAUGUGGUGCUUCACAAGGUCUAUUGUAAUGUGUCCUGUGCAGUAUAUUGUUGAUCUUGCGGGAGGUAGAAAGCAGGAGUCCUUCAGUGUUCUUCGUUGCGGAUCUUGGUAGGUGACAGCUCACCGUUGCGGUGUUGUUUGGAAGGCGUGCCCGGGAGCGGCCGAGGCCUUUGGGUCUGGCCGGUUGGGAGAAGAAGAGGCUGAGGAGCGGCCUGGUGCUCCGCAGGCUCCUGCGGAGGGGACGUGGACGGGGAGGCGCUGAGCUCUUGCAGGGACCCGACAGGGGGGGGUGGCUCAGCGUUGAGCCGAGGGUGUGCUUGUGUUAUCUUUGCAUUUGGGAGAAAAAAUCUGUUUUGGUCCUUUUUGGAAAGAAAAUAUCUAACCUUGCAAGCUUUUUCUAUGUACUGGAUGUUGAAAGACAAAGAAGUAUGUUAAGGUUUUUUGUUUCAGAUAUUGAAGCACUUUUGUGUCUUUUUGGUUUAGUGAACAUUAAAACCUGGAAUAAAACUGAGCUUGGACAGAAUACAAGAUCACAUGUGGGAUUUUUCUUUCCCCUUCCCGAGCAUUUUUGAGCCCCCGCACACUGGAAAGCCCGGACAGAAAGGCGGAGAAGGGGGAGAUGAGAAUAUUUUUGUGGCCUUGAUGUAAAUGCCACGUUUUAAAGAAAUUACAUCAUUGAAAUUGCUUUCCACUUCAGUGUCUCCAAAGACUGUUAACAGGAGCAACUCCAGACCUAGAAAUACUUUGCAGUCUCUUAGUACUCAAAAUAUAAGUUCAUUUUAUCAGGACACAAGCAAAGGAAGUUGUUUCUUGACUAGUUUAGCUGGGUUGAUUCUGGCAUUAUUUGAAGGACGGUUACUGGUUUGUUUCCUGCCUGCCCAUGGGAUCGUGGGGAGAGUUGCUGUUUGUCCCGGAGGCCUCGUGGGGGUGCCCGCUGGGGAGGAGGCCUUGGCUGUCUUUCUGAAGGGGUUAAAAUGAGUGAUUUUUAUUCUCACUGCUGGCUUUUCCAGCCUUUUCUUGUCUUCGCGAUCAGGGUGUUGUGGGGAGGGGUGAGGAUUCAGAGUUGCGUACUUGAGCAGCUGCAGGUUUCGCUGAGGGCGCAGGCACACGGAGCCCGCGGCGCUGGUUGCCGUGGGGGUCCCCGCGAUGGGGAUGACGGGCCGACUGUGCUGGCAGCUUUAUUCCUUUAAAGUCGAUCAGAGUUUGAGCUGACGUGGUAGUUCUGUGAGCAGUUCUUGGCUUUUGUGUGUGCACACGUUUAUACACAUGCAGAAACACACAGAUCGUUCUGCUCUUAGUCUGAGUGUGCCUGCUGUGCCUGAAAGGUUUUUACUAGCUGUUUGCUAGCAGCGUGUUUGGAGCGUGUGUGAACUUUCUGCAACAUUGCCAGUUCUUUGGCCAGUGAAACAGGGCUACGUGGUGUCUGCAUUUUAACCUGUCCCCAGCAGGCUUGUCUCCAAACAGCGUCUUCUACAGGAACACUGAAUUAAUUCCCCUAUGUUUUGCAGCAGUAAUCAGAGGUCCAGUGCAAGGGGUCCAAGACUGCAAUAUGGUUUGGGUUUGGGUGGUUUGGGUUGGGUGGGUUGGUUGUUUUUAACACUUUGUAUUUCUGUGUUUUCAUUAAACACUUUGUAAUUCUAAAAUGGACUACUUGAUCUCAGUGGGUAGAAGCAGCUUCUUUGGGGUAUCACAUACUCAGAUGUUUUGCAGCCCAGUCUCUUGGUUUCUGAAGAAGCUUCAGGUGUGUUACGGUGUGAAAUCCUGAGCCAGUCUGGAAGUGCAUUCGUCUGAAAAAAUCCCGGUUCAGACAGCACAGUGUCCGCGUUAGCCGAGAUUCGUCCUUCGACCGAGAAGGGUGACGAUGUUGGCUUUUUCAGGGUCCAAACAGAUAUUAGUGGAGGCCUAAGCAGCUGCAGGUAGGAUUUGUACAUUAGAAAGAUACAGUGAGACUUAAAUCACUGGUUAUGAGACUAAUUCAAGUGAUGAGCAGGGAAAAGUGAGGUAGCACCAUUUUUUCAGUCAGUUAACAGCUUGGAUUUCUUAUUUUAAGAUACGGUAUGAUAAGCUGGAUGAAUACUGCCUAGCAAGUACUUCAUAUAAAACCUAAUUCAACAUAAAUACGAAUAAUACUCGUUCCUGCCUUUCUCGAGUUGGUUGAAGUGGGGAUAAGGACUUGGCAUGGCUUUAGCGAUAUUUGGCUAUGCCCCUUCACAGUUGGUACCUGAAAGGGGAAAGAGGAUCUAGCCCCUACGACCAUCUUGUUUCUGAAGUUAUUUCCUCUGGAAAAGAACAAUGAAGUCUCUUGUACCGUUGGGUUUUUAAAAUUGAAGUUGUUUGCAUGCCUGCGUUUGAUGUGCAGGAGUUCUGUUUUCAUCGUGUUGUCCCAGCAGUGCUGGCUGAGCUGAAACUCGCGCGUCUCGGGGAGAGCAUGUACAGAAGGAAUGAUUUCAUGGCCGACGUGACGGUCACCUCCGCCACUCCACAGGGUAGUAGCAGCUCUGAUUCUCUGGAAGGGCGAAGUUCAGAUUAUGCCAAUAAAAGCUACGAUGCAGUUGUAUUUGAUGUGUUGAAAGUAACUCCCGAGGAGUUUGCUAGCCAGAUUACAUUGAUGGAUAUGCCAGUAUUUAAAGCUAUACAGCCUGAGGAACUAGCCAGCUGUGGAUGGAAUAAGAAGGAAAAACAUAUGCUCGCUCCAAAUAUUGUUGCCUUUACUAGGAGGUUUAACCAGGUCAGUUUUUGGGUUGUACGAGAAAUAUUAACAGCACAGACCUUAAAAAUAAGGGCAGAAAUAUUGAGCCAUUUUGUGAAAAUAGCUAAAAAGCUUCUAGAAUUGAAUAACCUUCAUUCUCUUAUGUCCGUGGUGUCAGCACUGCAAAGUGCUCCUAUCUUCAGACUGACCAAAACCUGGGCUCUUUUGAAUCGCAAAGACAAGACCACCUUUGAGAAGUUAGACUAUUUACUGUCUAAGGAAGAUAAUUAUAAAAGGACAAGAGAAUACAUCACAAGCUUAAAAAUGGUUCCGACUAUUCCGUACUUAGGAAUUUAUCUCUUGGAUUUAAUCUACAUUGAUUCUGCAUAUCCGGCUUCAGGCAGCAUUAUGGAGAAUGAACAAAGAUCCAAUCAAAUGAACAAUAUUCUUCGAAUAAUAGCUGAUCUGCAAGUCUCCUGCAACUAUGAUCAUCUUACAACACUGCCCCAUGUGCAAAAGUAUUUGAAGUCUGUCCGUUACAUUGAAGAACUUCAGAAAUUUGUAGAAGAUGACAAUUAUAAAUUAUCAUUAAGAAUUGAGCCAGGUAACAGCUCUCCUCGACUGGUUUCCUCCAAAGAAGACCUUGCAGGUCCAUCUGACAUGUCGGCAGUUAUGAAAUUCAGCAGGAGACCCACGUGUCCAGAUGCCUCAGUAGCAGCAAAUCUACCGACCCCUCCUGUUCCACGGCACAGGAAGAGCCACAGCCUGGGCAACAACAUGAUGUGUCAGUUCAGCGUAGUGGAGAGCAAAAGUGCCACGUUCCCGACGGAGAAGCCACGCCAUCUCCUGGAUGACAGCGUCCUGGAGCCGCACAGCCCGGCGCGCGGCCCCGCGCUCACCAACGGCCUGUCCCUAGAUAGCAGUGAAAGCUCAGAAUUCAGUGAAGAGCUGCCAGCAGGGCUGGAAAGGGGUCGUUUAUAUGCCACCCUGGGGCCUAACUGGAGGGUACCGAUCCGCAAUUCUCCCAGGAGUCGAAGCUGUGUCUACAGCCCAACAGGGGCCUGCAGCUGCACCUUGGCUGGUUCCACAGGAGUCGUUACCAUGGAAGGGCCAUUAAGGAGAAAAACAUUGCUCAAAGAAGGCAAGAAACCUACCCUCUCCUCAUGGACUAGAUACUGGGUUACGCUUUCAGGAUCAACUCUUCUGUACUUUGGAGCAAAAUCUUUAAGAGGCACUGAAAGAAAACACUACAAAUCAACGCCUGGUAAAAAAGUCUCCGUUGUGGGCUGGAUGGUGGCGCUGCCUGACGACCCCGAGCAUCCCGACAUCUUCCACCUGAAUAACCCUGACAAAGGCAAUGUUUACAAGUUCCAGACUAGUUCAAGGUUUCACGCAAUAUUAUGGCAUAAGCAUUUGGAUGAUGCGUGCAAAAGCAACCGGCCUCAGAUGAGUCAGCUCCGCUCAGUUCCAGAGCAUGACGCACCUUUAUGACCUGUAGUGCUGGCCCAUGGUACCGCUGUUACCAAAUCACGGCGACCAUGAAGGCUCGGCAAGGCUGUCCAGCAGUGGAGCAAGUACAAAGCAGCCUCCACACCAGCGCCCAGAGGGAAAAAAGAACGUAGCUGAGCCCUCUCCUCUGACAGAACUCUGCAUCCAUCGCCGCGUCCUGGCUGGGACCCGGCACUCCUGCGGUCAGCGUGGUUUUCUGUUCCCGUGCUAAGUUCAGCACUUUUCUAUUUGAAACGCUUUUGCCGUAGUGCAUCGGUACUCAGACUUCAUCAGUCCCCAGAAAACCUCUUCUGAGUUUCCUAAGGUUGCAUAGUAGAGAAAUUUGCAAGCCAGCCUCUAGCUUACGAACUGUGAAGAAAAUGGAAGCCAGUUUAAUUGAUCAGGGCCUAUCUUAGAACAAGCUCCCUGGCAUUAGGAGUAUUUAUUUCAUGGACUUGCAUGAUUUCCUGAAUUUUGAUACUUCUUUAACAACAACAGCAAAAAUAUACCUGUGUUGUUAAAUGUAGCACAACUGUAUCUUUUGUGUUAUUCUAAGUGUUCGUGUUACAAUCCUGAGAAUGAAGCCUAAUACAUAUCAGCUUUUCAAGAAAAUCAGUUCCCAACGACAACUGCAUUUAGAUCCUGGGACAUGUGAAAGUGUAUGUAAGUUGACAAAGUUUCUUUGAUAGCUCAGGAAUUGUGUGAGAAGAGUUGUAAUGCAAAAUAUAUUUAUAUAUUUUUCCCUUUUUUUGCUAAAUUAAGACAAGUUUGAACUAGGAAACGGUAUCUGCAAGGGCAGAGCACCCGGUGCCAUUAGACACAGUGUAGAAGCUUUUGAAUGUGGUAAGAAUGUUGAAUGUUGUAGGGGAAAGGGACCUGGGGGUCCUGGGGACAGCAGGGUGACCAUGAGCCAGCACUGGGCCCUUGUGGCCAGGAAGGCCAAUGGGACCUGGGGUGGGUUAGAAGGGGGUGGUCAGUAGGUCAGAGAGGUUCUCCUGCCCCUCUGCUCUGCCCUGGGGAGACCACACCUGGAAUAUUGUGUCCAGCUGUGGCCCCUCAGUUCCAGCAGGACAGGGAACUGCUGGAGAGGGUCCAGCGCAGCCACCAAGAUGCUGGAGGCAGUGGAGCAUCUCCCGUGUGAGGAAAGGCUGAGGGAGCUGGGGCUCUGGAGCUGGACAAGAGGAGACUGAGGGGGGACUCAUUCAUGUUUACAGAUAUAUAAAGGGUGAGUGUCAGGAGGAUGGAGCCAGGCUCUUCUGGUGACAACCAGUGACAGGACAAGGGGCAAUGGGUGCAAACUGGAACACAAGAGGUUCCACUUAAAUUUGAGAAGCAACUUGUUGGGGGUGAGGGUGGCAGAGCCUGGCCCAGGCUGCCCAGGGGGUUGUGGAGUCUCCUUCUGUGCAGACAUUCCAACCCGCCUGGACACCUUCCUGUGUAACCUCAUCUGGGUGUUCCUGCUCCGGGGGGAUUGACCUGGAUGAGCUUUCCAGGGCCCUCCAACCCCUGACAUUCUGGGGUUGUGUGUAACAUCUUCUCCAUGCAGCACAACAGUGAAAUUGCUGACAACAAAAAUAUUCAAAAUUAUGACAGUCUAAGAAUAUUAUUAAAAUAUCUUAAACCAAUUUAAAAACGAGUUUUAAAGUAUUUAAAGAGUUUGUAGCUGCUGAUUUUCGUUGCUGUCAUUUGGUACCGUUUGCUGUCAUCUAGUCCUUUUAAUGUGAAUUGAAAGCUGCUAUUGAAAUACGACAUAUUGCAUAUCUGUACUAAUUAAUACAGCAUUUUCACAAAAAUAUCACAAAUCAUACAAGCUUUUAUGCAUCGAAGAGAAUAACUGCAAUAGUCGUGUAAAAAUAAACAUUAUCUCAGAAUUACUGUUUCCAGAAUUGUGAAGAUAUAAAAUGUAUGUAGGCAAUAUUAUUAAUUUAUUACUGUGCAAUUUUGAUGUAAUUUGGUGCCAAAAUGCAUGUUUUUCCAAAUACCACUAAAAUGAGGCAAAGAGAGGAGUCUCCAAAUUGCGACGCACUUGUCACACGCUACCGUGGCCCGAGCGGGCGCUGCGGCGGGGGCGGGGCGGCUGCGUUCCCGGCACUCCGCUGCGUGCCACCUGGGGGAACGGUCUCACCCAUUACAACCCUGGUGUUAGAAUCUGGAUUUUUGGCAAAGUAUUUUGUUACCUCAGUCUUGUAUCAAGUUGCUGUAUUUUUCAGUUUGUUACAUUGAUGAUGAUUGUUUCACUAAUUAAAUACUUUAAUGUAAAAAAAAGUUUGUUUACUUCAACAGCAAUUGCAUUUGGUUGUGAGUUUAAAAAUGUGCAAACUGUGUAUGCUGUUAACAAUAAAAUAUUCUGAAAAAGA